UGGAAAGAUGGGCCCAUCCAUACAUCGAAGAAACUUUCUUCUAAUCAUCUGGCUCAUAGUAUCCGGCCCAAAAACUCUGCAUCCGCUCUAUCAAAGAAACUCAAGAAGCUAUAUAUAGACCCAGUGCUGCCAGCAGGAUUACAAUCACCGAUUAUCAUCAUCAUCAUCAAUCUAUCUGUUUCGAAUUCCUUCGCCCAGGUGGUUGGGCAGUCUUGUUGUUUGUGGAGGAGUACAAGAAAGUUCUGAAGGAAUCUUUAUUGAGCGUAUUGAACAUCUGUAAGCAAUCCAACGAUGUAUAUUAUAUAUUCACACAUUCUUUUCUGGUUUUGCAGCUCAGCAUGGGUGUAUAUCUAAGCGCUCCCAGAACUGAAAAGUACUCAGAGGAUGGUGAAAGUGAUAGGCUUAGAUAUGGUCUGUCAUCCAUGCAGGGGUGGCGAACAUCAAUGGAAGAUGCUCAUGCUGCUUUCACUAAUUUGGAUGUUUCAACCUCUUUCUUUGGAGUUUAUGAUGGCCAUGGGGGUGAAGAAGUUUCAAAAUUUUGUGCCAAGUUUCUCCAUCGACAGAUAAUGGAGGAUGAAUCUUUUCUAGCUGGUGACCUUGGCACUUCUGUUAGAAAGGCCUUUCUCAGAAUGGAUCAAAUGAUGUGUGGAAAAAUGGGACAGAAAGAGUUAGCAUUAUUAAGAGGCAAAGAGGACCAGAGUAGAGGUAUUGGUGAAAGUUUGCUGACAACUGGUGAAGAUACUGGCCAGACAGAUUGCUGGUCUUCUGAGGAGGGAAUUUCAUCUGAUUACCAUGGACCGAGUGCCGGAAGCACUGCUUGUGUUGCAGUUAUUCAAAACAACCAACUACUUGUUGCAAAUGCCGGCGACUCUCGGUGUGUCAUGUCUCGGAAGGGACAGGCUUAUGAUAUGUCCAAAGACCACAAGCCAGAUAUUGCUGCUGAGAGAAAAAGGAUACUGGAAGCUGGUGGAUACGUUCAAUAUGGUCGUGUGAACGGGAGCCUGAACUUGUCAAGGGCCAUAGGUGAUAUGGAAAUGAAGCAAAAUAAAUCUUUGCCUGCUGAAAAGCAAAUUGUGACAGCUGACCCUGAUAUAGUCACUCUUGAGCUUACUGAGGAUGAUGAAUUUCUUAUACUAGCCUGUGAUGGGAUAUGGGAUUGCAUGUCGAGUCAAGAUGCAGUCGACUUCGUGAAAGAACAGUUAAAAAAUGAGAAGAAGCUGUCAGUGGUGUGUGAAAGAACACUCGAUCGGUGUUUGGCCCCAUCGUCCGGGCAAGAAGGCUGUGAUAAUAUGACAAUGAUUUUGGUGCAAUUUAGAAAAAAUAUCGAGGCAAAAUCAUCUGAUUCAAUUGCAUCCUCCGUAGAGCAGGCAGGUUCAUCUGUACAGUGAUACACUUCUUAGCGUAAUUACCCAUAUCUCACCUUAUGGUAAGAACAUUUCAGAUAUAUGAGACAUUAGCUAUUGCAGAAUUUAUAUCUUGUUGUUCGUGUCCGUUUUGUAAAUAAACAUAGUUUUCUUUAGCAAUAGUUUUUUUCAAGGACAAUUAGCUUCUGUUAGGAAUAUGCAGGCAUCUCUUUGUUUGGUAUUAUUACUUAAACUGAAGGUUCUUCGAUGAGUUUCAGUCUUCGUUAGGAAUUUAUAUGCGUGAUAUUACAGAACGCUCAUGAAACUGAAUUGUUCUUGGAGGAUUUUGUAUAAAACCUCAAGCUUUUGGCUCCUAAAGGUCGAUAUCGAGUUGUGCUUUCAGAUAAUGCGUUGUUUAGUUAAAAAUUAUGCUAUUAUUUC